AUGAAAGUGCUACAUGUGUCCUUUAAUCAAGACCAAGGAUGUUUUUCCAUUGCCCAUGAAGGAGGGUUUUUAGUGUACAAUACAAAUCCAAUUGAUCUUCGUGUUUGCCGAAAGUUUUCGCCUUCAAAUGGAGCAGGCACAGGGAUUGGGUUAGUGUCAAUGCUACAUAGAACCAACUACUUGGCAAUGGUGGGAGGUGGGAGAACCCCCAAAUUUCCAAACAACAAGGUGAUUGUAUGGGACGACAUCAAGCAAAGACCUAGUUUGACCUUAAGCUUUAUGAGCCCGGUUUUGAAUGUGUUGUUAUCAAGAAUCAGAAUCAUUGUUGUUCUUUUGAAUCAGGUCAUUGUAUAUGGAUUUUCUGCGCUGCCCCAAAAGAUCGCAACUUAUGAAACAAUAGAAAAUGAACAUGGUCUAGCCGACCUCUCAAUACUCUCAGCAGCACUGCCCAGCCGCUUGGGUACCUCCUCCAAGGAAUGCUCGAAGUGUCAGAUUCUUGCAUUUCCCGGACGUGCUGCUGGUCAGAUACAGCUUGUUGAUGUCUCUCCAGAGGGGCAGGAAAAGAAGUUAGUGAGCAUUGUGAAAGCCCACAAAUCCAAAAUUCGCUUUAUUGCCUUGAAUCGCACAGGUACAUUAGUAGCGUCUGCAAGUGAGUCCGGGACAAUCAUUCGAGUCCAUUCAACUCAAACUACAGCCCUCGUUUAUGAGUUCCGAAGAGGACUAGAUAGAGCUGUUAUAACCUCAAUGAGGUUCUCUUCUAAUGAUUCUAGCCUAGCUGUUUUUUCUGACAAAAAUACCUUGCAUGUGUUCAAUAUUGCAUCGCCCCUUGCACUGCCUUUGGCUGAUUAUUCUCAAGAUAGGAACCUUCUGAGGGAUGUCCCGGCCAACCGUCAACACAUGUUGAACCGAUUGCGAUUGCCACUCCCCCUUCUUGACUAUUUUCAGUCAACCUGGUCGUUUUGCUCUGUGAACACGAGUCAGUAUCAUGUGGACUUUGAUACCGAUACAAGAGAUGACUCAGCAAUUUUGGGCUGGUCUGGAAAUGACACUAUAAUUGUCAUCUGGAAGAAAAAGAAGAUCUGGGAGAAGUAUGUGAUUGUCGAAGAUCUGAAAGAUAGCUCGCGCUCACGGGACUCGGCUUCACUUGAUACAAGUUCUUCUCAUCCUAAUCCCCAAUAUAAAAUUGUGCGUUCAAGCUGGAAAAGCUAUGAGUUGACCGAAUGA